AUGUCGAGUGCCGGGAAGCCUGGCAUGCUGUGGGCUGCCGCGGCCCUGCUCGCCGUCGCCGUCCGGUGCGCCUUCGUCGAGUUCCCCGUGGAGCGCGCCGACGAGCUGACGAUGGCCCGGUUCAAGGCCGAGUACGCCGACAAGCUGCGGCCCGUGGUGAUCCGCGGCAACGACCGGACGCGCGCCGAGGCGGCGCUCUGGAGCGCCGGCGACUUCCGGGACCGCUGCGGCGCCGGCGAGAUCACGCGCUACGUCUCCGACGCGUCGUCGAGCGCCUGGGGCGGCUUCGACAUGCGCGGCGAGCGGCGCGUUCCCCUCGCGUCGUUCUUCGGCGAGGUCGAGCGGUCGAAUCGAUCCCGGGACAUCUACGGCUUCGACUACAACCUCAAGUGCGACUGCGAGGCCUUCGUGGAGCAGACGACGAUCCUGCCCUACUUCAAGCAGGACGCGUGGCCCGUGCUCAUCGCCGGCAUGCCGGGCACGCGGUCCCAGCUCCACGUGGACAACUCGUUCCUGCCGUUCUGGCUCACGCUCCUCGCCGGGCGCAAGAUCUUCCGGGCCGUCGAGCGGGGCCACUGGAGCCCCGCGCUCGUCGACCGGGGCGUCGUCGACAGGGCAGGGCAAGAGAGCGAAAUUCCCAACUUCAAAGGCUCAUAUCUCGGCCGUUUUCUACUCGUCGUCGACGACGACGGCGACGCCGAGUUCGCGCUCGACUGGUACGACGACGCCGCGGUGCUCGACGCCGUCGGCGGCGCCGACGUCUACUCGUCCGUGCUCGAGCCCGGCGAUUCCGUCUACAUCCCCGUGGCGGCGCUCCACGGCGGCUCGAACGUCGGCGACGCCCCCGCGCUCGCGAUCACGGGCAACUACCACGACGAGGCGCACCACGCCAUCCUCGUGGACGUCUACUGCGAGGGCAAGGUCCGACGUCUGAUGCGCCAGUCGAAGAAGCUCACGCGCAUCAAGGCCAUGGUCAAGGACCCGUCGUGCCUCUUCUGGGCGGGCGCGCUCGGCGACGUCGAACCGACGACGGACCGGGGCCCCGUCGACGCGCCCGCGCCGCUCGCGGACGUCGUCUACCCGGACCCCUGGUUCUGCCGGUCCUACGGGCCCCGCGCCUGGCGCCGCGGCUGCAACGUGACGCGGACGCGCUGCCCGCUCGAGGAGGAGGGGGACGACGACGACGACGACGACGAGAGCGACUUCGUCGUCGACGAGAAUCGCGACGGCGUGCUCAGCCGCCAGGAGCUGUCCCUCAAGUUCGCCCAGGUGUCGCCGCGCUACCUCGAGGGCGUGCCCGACGCGCGCCUGACCUGGGGCCUCCUCGCGCGCUGGGUCGCGGCCGAGGUCGAGGCCAUCUGGCCCGCGGGCGCGGCGCGGCCGACCGCCGCGGCCAUCGACGCCGCCAUCUUCGCCCGCUUCUUCUUCGAGGACGGCACGGAGCGGCCCGUCGGCGACUUCAACCCGGGCGAACUCUAA